AUGGAAGUGGAGGGGAGCCAGAAUGUCACAGCUUCAUCUGAGAACAGGACAGUACUCUCCACAGUUCUGAUUGGAUUAGUAUUAGGAAUGAUUAUAAUAAUAACCAUCUUUGGGAAUGUGCUGGUGUGCCUAGCGGUUGGAUUGAACCGGAAACUCCAGAACCACACAAACUGUUUCAUUGUGUCCCUGGCUGCUACAGAUCUACUGCUGGGUUUGCUGGUCCUACCAUUUUCAGCUAUCUCAGAGUUGUUUGAAUGGCCAUUUGGAGACACCUUCUGCAACAUCUACACCAGUUUGGAUGUCAUGCUGUGUACGGCUUCCAUCCUCAAUCUGUUCAUGAUCAGUCUGGACCGUUACUAUGCUGUGACAGCUCCGCUGAGAUAUUCCGUGCUUAUUACUCGCAACAGAGUUGUCAUCUCCCUCAGUCUUAUCUGGUGCAUUUCAAUCAUGGUGUCUUUCUUGCCUAUCAACUUAGGUUGGAAUACCAAAGACUUAUCAGUGCAAAGCUUAGCCAAAACCAAUCGUUGCCACUUAGAGCUCAACAAAGGGUAUGCCCUCAUAGAUGCUUUCAUCACCUUCUACAUCCCUUUGCCCAUCAUGUGCCUGACUUAUUAUCGAAUAUUCAAAAUAGCAAGGGAACAGGCCAAACGAAUCAACACUGUCACUGGAUGCACAGCACUGAACCGAUCACUGCCAACUGUGAAGGAGCAUAAAGCAACUGUAACACUAGCGACAGUGAUGGGAGUCUUCAUCAUUUGUUGGUUCCCUUAUUUCACAGUGUUUACCCAUGAAGGGAUUUCGGGGAGACCAGCCAACAAGACUGUCUUUGCUGUGGUCCUGUGGUUGGGUUAUGUCAACUCAGCCCUGAACCCUAUUCUUUAUGCCACCCUCAACCGGGAUUUCCGCAAAGCGUAUGAAAAGCUACUGCGCUGCAAGAGGAGGAACUCCUACCACAAAGACUCACCUAACAACCCUCUGAGCCACCAGCCACUACACAACUGGGACCUGAGGAAUGAACAGUGCCACCAACUGGGUCCAGACUCGGAAGAGAAUGAGCUCACUUCAGAAGACAGGAACGGUGAAAAUGUUGCUUCCUACAAGGAUGAUUCGGAAAGGUAA